GAAGCGGUACCGUUGCUUUGGGGUUUGAAAGUAGAGUUUCUAGGGUUGGGCUUUUGGCGGGUGGGCGGGUGCAUUAAGCCCCUUACUCAAAACAUGGGCGGUGCUGCAAAGCAUCUACAACCCCUCAAACCCCGCUCUCCCCAAACUUCCUCUCCUCACCACCCACACAACCGCCGUCGCAGCAGCCGCCACCACCACCAUCAUCACUUCCCCCAAGGUUCUUUAGUUGAAGUCCGGACUGACGAGGAAGACUUCAAAGGGGUCUUUUUCUCUGCCACCGUUCUUCCACCCCCAAAGAAAGGCAGUAAAAAGAAAUCCGAGAAACUCUACGUCGAGUACAUCGAUUUGUUGGCUGAUGAAGAUGGGUCCGAUCGCCUGAGAGAAUACGUCGACAUCUCUUUCGUGAGGCCCCCGCCGCCAUUGCAAGAGAUUGUCAAGGGUUUCGAACCAGACGACGUCGUUGACGCCUUUUACAAGGAUGGUUGGUGGACAGGUGUCGUAUCCCGAGUAGUGGAAGGUGGUCAAAGGUUCGUCGUAACGUUUCAAUACCCACCCGACGAGCUCGAAUUUGGGCUCGCCGAACUUAGGGUUCACUGGGAUUGGGUUAAUGGGAGCUGGGUCCGGCCCGGGAAGCAGAAUAUAGCAGGAUCAAUGUUUGACGUGGGGAGAACAGUAGAAGUAUCAUUUGACAGAGAAGAUCGUCGAGAUGCUUGGUUUCCAGCCACGAUUCAGGAAGACUUGGGAAAAGGAGCUUUUGUGGUGGAGUACUGUAGUGAAGAUACUGAUAACAAGGUUGAGGCACUUAAAGUAACAAUUGACUCCCCCCAUCUCAGACCUUGCCCUCCGCUUCUCAAGGAGAAGAAUUUUGAUUUAUUGGAAAAAGUUGAUGCAUUCUUUAAUUUUGGCUGGUGGAGUGGGGUUAUUACAAAAGAGCUUGAGAAUAGUAGGUAUGUUGUAUUCUUUAAGCAAAUGAAAAGGGAUAAGGAAUUCUAUCAGUCAGAAUUAAGACCUCAUAUGGAAUGGAAGGACGGCAAAUGGUUCACUUCUUCCCAGAUGAUGGAAUGCAUGGACACGCACCCUUGUAAAUUCCAGUGCCACUGUGGCCACUGUCCAGUGAACUAUUCAGGUGAUAGGAAGGACUCUUGUGAUAGAAAAAGUCCCUCCUCAUCGACAUUGAGGAAGGGUCAGCUUGAGCAACUAACUUCUGAUGAUAAGAAAAUGUCACACAUGACUGCAUCUGUGAUAAAAAGAAGACAGAAUUUAUCUGAUUCGUGGGGUGCUCUUUCUCAGCCUCUGAAAAAGCUCGAGGAAGGAAAUGUACUUGGAUCAAGUCAACAAGUUACCCAUGAUAGAUCAACUGAAGAGAUGUGUGUUUCUGUAAGCCCAGUCUCUAUAAAUUAUAAAGCUAGCUCUGCAAGACAAACUGCUACUGGGGAUUGUUCCUCGGAUCAACCUUCCUGGGGGAGGAGACUUCGGAGAAAGCAAAGAAACAUAGAUGCAACAGAAAAAUUUGGAGAGGUAGUUAACCUCACAUCCAGCUAUGACUAUGAGCCAAAAUUGCAACUUGAAAGUCUGGAACUCAAUAUUGAAGGGAAGGAGCCAGAUGCUUUGGGAAACACAACCCCUGUUCAAAAUGAGCAAGUAAAAGAAGAAGGCGAGCGUCCUGUCAUCAUAGGUUUGCCAUGUACAGAAAUGGGUAGCUCUGAAUUUGGAAGAAAGGGUAAGAGAGGGUCUCGUUCCAGCAGCAAGUUGAUUAUGAAUCCUGGGAAUGGCCAGAUGCAGCAACUUAAUGAUUCCACAAUUCUGAAAAUGAAGGAUAGCAGGCAAUUAGAAGUUGUUGAAUUCAGUGAGAGGAGAAAGAGGGGAAGGCCACGAAAACUGCAGAUCGAAAGCAUUCGAACUUCAGUGGCAGAAAAUGGAGUUGUUGGUUCAGAUGAUGUCUACAGAAAAGAUGAUGAACCACAUAGAGUUCUUGAAGUGGAAGUGAUGGAGGUCACACUACGUAAUCAGGAGAAGACGGUUUUCAACAAUGACAAACUAACUAAUGGUCGGUCGGGUCCCAAAAGUAAAGAAGGAAGUGUUAUGAAAAGAACUUUUGCUAAAAUGCAUAACGAAAAAGUUGUAAAAGACUCCAUCACAGUGCAAGAGAAUAGUUCAUUUAAGAGAGGAAGAAGACGGGUUAGAGGUGAAAAGAUUGCACUCCAAGUUCAAGAUUCGUUAGACUCAUCUGGAAGGAAAAUGAUGGAAGUUAACUGCACUGUGGAAGUAAACAAAGUUAUCUGUGAUGCACCCAGCAAUGAGCUUGAUGAUGAACCACUUUCAAAGUGGAUUGAGGGGAUGCACUCUUCAUCUUUUAUUGAUGGCUCAAGACCGUCUCCUGUGAGCACUAUGGAGGAAUGCAUAGGAAAUGGCGAGAAGCAAAGAGAUAACAUUGUGUUAGAAGAGGACGGUGGGAAGCAGCCUGAAAAUGGAAAGGGAGCUUCUGUGUCUGUUGAUGAAGGCUCAAUAGUUCCAUGCGAGCAGCAAAGCUUGCCUUUUGUGAAAAACACGGUUCUUUGGAAAACAAUAGAGUCCAUGGAAGUUUUCCAAAGGAUACCACAAAGGCCACAUUUCCAGCCUUUAGAAAAUUUUAGAGAAAGUUCGCGGGAAGGCCUGGCUAUAGGUUACAUGGUAACCUUUUCCAGUGUGGUGGAAAAAACCUCCAGAUUGCAGGUCAAUGAUCCUAAAAGCAUCACAGAUGACAUUCUGGAGACACUUGCUGACUUGGAAAGACAGGGGUUUGAUGUUAGGGCUGUACGGGAACGUGUAGCUGAGUUGCUCUCCGUGAAAGAUAAACAGGAAAGGCUUGUAGAUGAGGUGGAUAAACUUAAUAACCAAAUUUUAGAGCAUAAUCGUGAGAAAAGUAGGAUUGAUGAAGAGAUACGGGAGAUCAACGAGCAUAUAGGGAAGUUGCAACAAAAACUUUCACUUGCUGAAUCAGCCAAGGAAAAGGAGGAUGAUGAGAUUGCUUCUUUGCUGGCUAGACUGAAGGAAACUGAAGAAAGCAUCAACAAGGUGGGGCGGGAUUUUGAAGGCAUAGCUGCUUCUAGGUUGUGAUAAGUAUAGAAACCCUGGAGAUCCUGCAACCUUGUCAUACUUCUUGCCUCUUGUUGAUUGGGAAGUACAACUGUGUAGGUCACAAGGCUAGUCCAGUGCUGGAUGUUUGUAUAUUCCGAGCUCUUGUAAAGGUGCUAAGCUCCUCACUUAGAUUGUUUUCUAUUCCAACAGUAGGAUCCUAAGUCCAUUUCAAUUUAUUUGCUGUAAUGACCGUGUAAAGAACCAUUCGUAGCUUUGUGCAGUAGGCUUAUGAUAUAAGGGAACUAGUUCUGAUGCUUGAAAAUCA